AUGCACAUGGCACAGCAUUUUGAUGCGAUUCAGAGAACACUGGACGCGCGUCGUGAAUUCACGCAAUCCCUACCAUUGCGUUACUGGCGCCUUCCCCAUUGUACCUCGAAUAACUCCCAACAGGAGACCACAUCUUCAUGGGCAGAAGCAAACACCCUGAAAAAUGCAACCAUGGAAUCUGCCAGAGGCCUUGCAAAGAUAACAUCGGAAUUGCGCUACGCAAAACGUGAAGUGGGUUGGGAUUAUUUGGGGCCCAAGGAGUUGGCGAGCAUCACUCAUCUAUUGAAGAAGGUAUUGGCUUCAAUUAUGUGGAUGGAGUCACUUGUUGAAGUCACUACGCAUAUUCCUCGCUUAGUGACCGAGGUGGAAAGCAUUCCUUGCGAAGAGGAACAUCAGAAGUGGUGUUGGGUUAUGGAACAGAGGCGCGGCCCUACUGAAAAACUCAUCGAAGUCAUGAAAGAAUGUCUUAAUCACUCUGUGCAUAUUCUUCACCUCGGAAAAGCGCCAACAGUAUCUCAAACAGAUAUCGAAGCGAACAGAGAUCAUACGAGCACAUAUUUGGAAGAGAUAAUUGAAAACUUUCUUCAAGAGCGGCAGGGUUCAUUGGAAACCUGGCUCUCAUGGGCAGGUAUGUAUCAAUCUUCUGGAAUGCCCACCGGGAUAAGCUCUCAGCAGCGCGAACGAUAUCGAUUUCAACUAUGCUUUCUCCUUGACUUGGAAUCUUCUCUCAUUUCGACUGCGCGAAGAAUCUUAGACCUGGUAAAAUAUGCGGAUUCCAAGGUGGACGAUGGUACCAUGGAUAAAAAACGAGUGGUGCUGCCAACAUGGAAAGAAUUAAAAAAAUGGUUCUGGGCCUCGUUGUCCGGGGAGUAUCUAGAAUUGGAUUAUUUCCAGUACAGCAAAAGAUCCGGUACCGCCAGGAUCUACCUGGACGAUGUUCUACAGACUGGCACAGAUCCAGAACACGUUGCCCCCCAAAGUACAUGGCAAAGGGUUGGCGAUCACUUUCGGAAGAGCUAUCACUUCUUUGGUUCGCCUGAGUCCAUGUUUGGCUUCCGAGUAGCCGUGGCUACCAUGGUUGUUUCCCUCGUUGCGUUUCUCAGAAACUCGCAGCACUUCUACAUCCAGCAACGUCUUAUUUGGGGGUCGAUCAUGAUUGCAAUUAGUAUGACAUCGACAGUUGGGUCAGCUGUGUAUGGACAAUCAAUGCGACUUCUUGGGACAACAAUUGGAAUGUUGUUGUCGUAUAUUGACUGGUAUAUAGUCGACCAACAGCCAGCAGGCGUUCUGGUCUUUGUUGGGAUCACCAUGUUUUUGUCCCACUACCCAUUAAUUAGGUUUUCUACUCACCCCGUGCCGCCUAUGGUCGAAAUGGUCACAGUUGUGUUGAUUGUGGGCUAUGCACUUCAGGUGAAGAAAGCGGGAGUCGUAUUUUCUGAGGCCAACGAGCAAGCAUAUCAUGCUCUUUACGUCCUGUCACCUUACAGACUCGCUACUGUUGUUGUUGGAAUUGGGGUUGCUUUCAUUUUCACUUAUUUUCCCUCUGUGACCACAGUCAAAACCUGGUUCCGGCGAGAUCUUGCGUCUUUUCUGUAUCUUCUCGCCCAUUACUACAGCUCUGUGUACACGACCAACUUGAUGAUAGUCAAAGGCCUGGCUGGAGAUCAUAACGACAAGAAGAGCCUGGGGAGAAUCCUGGAGACAGCUCGUACUCGUGUUCUUGUCAAGGAAAUUGUUCUCCUACAGGCAAUGGAAGAGCACACGUGGUUCUUUUCCUGGGAGCCUACGACCGGGGGGAAAUUCCCUAGGGAUGCCUACCAUAAAUUGGCCGAGCAUGCGCGAAACGUGCUUCAACUUUCGGUAACCUUAGUCGAAAUCGCUGAUUCAUUCCAUCUCGCCGGCCCAUUGACCUCAGGACCAGCCCUAGAAGAUAUCGGACAGCUCAUGGCUUCCUUGGACUUGAAGUCCCAUGAAGUGACAUUUCUUCUCACGACACUAUCAGGUGCCAUCAAAACUGGGAGCCCACUGCCACUUUAUCUUAAGGCGCCUAAACCUCGUCUGCCUAUGGAGCUGCAAGCUGCUGCUGCUGCUGCUCCCAACGAGAGUCUUUUUAGCAUGAAAAACUUCAACAAGCCGGGGUUUUCAGCCGUUGCUUCGAUCGAGAUUACCAUGAUGGCUCUAGAACAUGAGCUAUCUCAAUUAUUAUGCGAGACGAAAAAUUUGGUAGGAGAGUUGCACCUAUUGACAAACAUUGUCCACAGCAAGGAUCUGCCUCCGAAUAUGGAUUCGAUCAUGCAAAUAGAAAAGAAAGAUUGA